GCUAGAUUGAUAAUAAUGGUGUGAUGUUGAGUAAUAUAUAAUAUACAAUAACAAAUCCUCAUUUGAAUCAAUGGACAAACAACUAUCUGCAUUUUUGAUCGGUUUUGAUGAGGAAGUGUUUCACUCCACUGCUGAACUCUGCUGUGUGUCUGAAUGCCCCUGUCUCUUAAUUCCAAAUCAAGUAAAGUGGAGAGGCAUUGUUUGGUCUUUGAGAGUUACAUUGUAACAUUGUAGUAGUAACAAUAUCAUAGUACAGUGACAAAAUACUGUAAUGUAUUAUAUUCACACUGCUCUGGUGAAUGGAGACCGAUUCCUUCACACUGCUCUGGUGAAUGGAGACUGAUUCCUCCACACUGCUCUGGUGAAUGGAGACUGAUUCCUCCACACUGCUCUGGUGAAUGGAGACUGAUUCCUUCACACUGCUCUGGUGAAUGGAGACUGAUUCCUCCACACUGCUCUGGUGAAUGGAGACUGAUUCCUCCACACUGCUCUGGUGAAUGGAGACUGAUUCCUUCACACUGCUCUGGUGAAUGGAGACUGAUUCCUUCACACUGCUCUGGUGAAUGGAGACUGAUUCCUCCACACUGCUCUGGUGAAUGGAGACUGAUUCCUCCACACUGCUCUGGUGAAUGGAGACUGAUUCCUUCACACUGCUCUGAGGUGCUGUGACAUCAUUAAGGGGUGCUGUGACAUCAUCAUCGGCCAUGGAGGGGAGGAGUGUUCUGAGGCGUGCCCAAUCUCUACGGAGCGUCUCUAUGGGUGACGGAGACAAGCCCGCCUGGGCGGAGGCGGGGUUUAGGGACAGGAUGAAGUCCAUCUCCGUAUCUCAGAUGUUGACCAGAUACCAAGCCAGCCCUUCAGUAGAGGUCCCUACCCUGAACCAUGUGGAGCACAAGACUGAGCAGAUAACCAAGCAUCAGACCUCCUUCUCAACCGUCCGUGAGAAAACAAAGAGACAACUGGCAGAAAGCGCACAGGAGCGCAAGCUGGAGUCCCUGAUGAGAAACAACGGAGUGAGAGAGAUGACCAGGAUCCAGCCCAGUGUGUCAGAAGUGAGAGAGAAGACCCGUGGGUCAACUAGCCUGUUAGGAGAGACGUCCCGGGGAUCGGCCAGCCUGUUAGGGGAGAAGUCCCAGAGGUCGACCAAUUUGUCCCGCAGUAAGUCCAUGUCCAGUCUCCCUGGCCCCUCUCCCAGAAUCGACCCGGCCGGGAGUAUCAGAGCCCUGAAGGCUCUCUUCGAGUCAAAGGUCACCAAGGAGAAGGUGAAGAGCAUCAUGGGAGCUGUAGGCCAAACACCAUCACGUCCCAAGAUGGCAGCUGCGGCCCCAGCCAUCAACGGGUUGGUGGAGGAGAGAAAGGGCCCUAUAGAGGAGAAAGCUGUACCUUCACCUGCAUCCCCGGCUAGAGAGGAGGUCACUACACAGGUUGGGAGAAUGAUGCGCUCAGAUAGGAGAAAGACCAUCAGUGGUAUCAACCUGGAAAAGAUAUCUACAGCAUCUCAGGAUGAUGACAAGAGGAAGUCGAUCUCAGACCUCAGUGACGCCGGUUCCUCCUCCUUCAGCCCAGAGAGGGAGAAACCGUCCGCUUCUGUCUCUGUCAGAGCCAUAUCUGCUCUCUAUCUGUCCAAGGUAGCAGCUGCAGAGUCAACGGCUCAAGAUCCAUCCUCUCCAACCAAGAGAGGAGUGAAACCCUCCAAGUUCCUGCCAUGUAAACAGGACGUGUGUUCAUCCUGUCUGAAGCCAGUCUAUCCUAUGGAGAAAAUGACCGCUGAUAAAUUCACAUUUCACAAGAACUGUUUCUGCUGUAAACACUGUCAGAAGAAGCUCAGCAUGCACAGCUAUGCUCCGCUGUACGGGGAGUUCUACUGUGUAUUCCACUACCAGCAGCUGUUCAGGAGGAAAGGGAACUAUGACGAGGGCUUUGGCCACACCCAACACAAAGACCGCUGGCUGCAGAGAACCAAUGAGACGCCGGGGUCUAACAGCGCUGAUGUCAUAUAGAGCUCCCUGAUUGCUGACGCGGUGACCAUGACAACACUGAAUCACAGCAUUGUUGGAGUCACCUGGGUUAUGUACUCCAUGUACACACUGUAUACACUGAGUCGCUUGACAGUAAUCAGCACCAGAGUCCACUUUAUGGCCACAAUUACAGAGAAAUUAUAUGAUGUUUUAUUUCUGAGACAAGAUCUCUCCUGAUUCUGAUUUCAUUUUUUCUAUUUUAGCAAAAUGAUUCUGAUUUCAUCUUUUCCAUAUCAGCAAAAUAUUGGAAAUUUUGGUAUCUUAGUAGGAUCCCCCAUUAACUGUUGCAAAAGCAGCAGCUACUCUUCCUGGAGUCCACACAGCACAUGACAUAAUACAGAACAUCAAUAGACAGGAACAGCUCAAGGACAGAACUACAUCAAUUAAAACAUUUGACAUGUGGCCUCCAUAUCAAUACAUACACAAACUAUCUGGGUCCAUUAGAGGAGAGGCGUUGUACCAAACUAUCUGGGUCCAUUAGAGGAGAGGAGUUGUACCAAACUAUCUGGGUCCAUUAGAGGAGAGGCGUUGUACCAAACUAUCUGGGUCCAUUAGAGGAGAGGAGUUGUACCAAACUAUCUGGGUCCAUUAGAGGAGAGGCGUUGUACCAAACUAUCUGGGUCCAUUAGAGGAGAGGAGUUGUACCAAACUAUCUGGGUCCAUUAGAGGAGAGGCGUUGUACCAAACUAUCUGGGUCCAUUAGAGGAGAGGAGUUGUACCAAACUAUCUGGGUCCAUUAGAGGAGAGGAGUUGUACCAAACUAUCUGGGUCCAUUAGAGGAGAGGAGUUGUACCAAACUAUCUGGGUCCAUUAGAGGAGAGGAGUUGCACCAAACUAUCUGGGUCCAUUAGAGGAGAGGAGUUGUACCAAACUAUCUGGGUCCAUUAGAGGAGAGGCGUUGUACCAAACUAUCUGGGUCCAUUAGAGGAGAGGAGUUGUACCAAACUAUCUGGGUCCAUUAGAGGAGAGGAGUUGUACCAAACUAUCUGGGUCCAUUAGAGGAGAGGAGUUGUACCAAACUAUCUGGGUCCAUUAGAGGAGAGGAGUUGUACCAAACUAUCUGGGUCCAUUAGAGGAGAGGCGUUGUACCAAACUAUCUGGGUCCAUUAGAGGAGAGGAGUUGUACCAAACUAUCUGGGUCCAUUAGAGGAGAGGAGUUGUACCAAACUAUCUGGGUCCAUUAGAGGAGAGGAGUUGUACCAAACUAUCUGGGUCCAUUAGAGGAGAGGUGAUGUACCAAACUAUUUGGGUCCAUUAGAGGAGAGGCGAUGUACCAAACUAUUUGGGUCCAUUAGAGGAGAGGCGUUGUACCAAACUAUCUGGGUCCAUUAGAGGAGAGGCGUUGUACCAAACUAUCUGGGUCCAUUAGAGGAGAGGAGUUGU